UGAUUCAUCAGCUUCCACUUGUUUGUUUUUUACAUUCUUCAGUUGAAUUUUGCAACCAUUUUUAGAGUAAAAGAGUAGAGGGAUAUGGGGUUGGCAUCAUCACCCUUGUUUUCAGCUCCAAUCUUACUUAGAAGGCAGCUCAACCAUCACCACCCUCACUUGUUUUCAACUUUUGCUUCUCCUCAGCUUCCCUUUUCUUUAUUGUCCAGAGAAUCUGCAAUUUCAAAUCCUCACCUGCCCUCAUUAUGUUUUAUAAAAUCUACGGCGUGUAAAGUAUCUCACAACCCAGUGGAAGUUGAAGAAGGUAUAAAUGAUGAGGCUUGUGAGCUAGUCAGUGGAGUUGAGAUUUCGAUAGGGGAGGGAGAUGACAAUAUCCUUGCUUAUCUUUUCACGGCAGUGAAGAACAACAACGGAACCGGCAUCUUGCUCUUGUCUGAUAUCUUUGGAUUUGAGGAUUCAUCCACUAGAGAUUUCGCAUAUCGUGUUGCCUGCAAUGGUUACAAUGUACUAGUACCGGACUUGUUUCGCGGGGAUCCAUGGGCAAAGGACAGACCAAAGGCUUUAUUUGAAGAAUGGCUUGCACAACAAACCCCGGAAAGGAUUGCAAAAGACAUUACAACCUCUAAAAAAUGGAUGAUGGAUGAGUUUGUAGCUGCAGGAAUCUCAAAGAAGCUUGGUAUCAUCGGAUUCUGCUUUGGAGGUGGCCGAGUAAUAGAUGCGCUCGCCCAGGACGGGGGUGCCUGUUUUGGCAUUGGGAUUUCAUUCUAUGGCACAAGAAUUGACCCAUCUGUCGUUGCUAAUAUAAAGGUGCCUGUAUUGUUCAUUGUAGGUGACAAUGAUCCGAGUUGUCCGGUCAGUGCCUUGGAAGAUAUUGAGAAAAGAAUUGGUACAAAAGGAUCUAGGGUUUUGAGUUUUAAGGGAAGAGGUCAUGGGUUUGCCCACCGGCCUCAAUCACCUGAAGAAGAUGGUGAUGCGGAACAGGCUUUUACGGUGAUGAGAAAUUGGCUGUAUGAUGGCUUGGUUGUAAUAUAGGCAGAGAACUGACUUGUUUGGUUGUUUGUUUGUUUGUUUGUUUGAAUACAGUAAUAAUAAAUUCUCUCUCCCAUGCAUGUACUUAGUAGAUUAGUCUGCCAUUUCUAUUGCAAUGCACCUAGAAACUGAAGUUCAAUGAGUUGUAAUUUGUUGGCACAAAGUAGAUUAGUGCAUGUAUAUGUAUGUACAACAAUGCCUGGAGACCCACAUUUUACAGCCACAAAUAUAUUCAUAAUGAUGUGGCAAAGGUGGUGGAUUUCAUAUAAUUGAAUAUAUAAUCAAUCAAAAA